GGGCGACCGCCAUGCUCCUGAAACCGCCCCCGGGGGGCAGCACCAACCGCCCCCUCAUACCCUCGGACUCCAGAGCCAAGUCUAUGGAGUUCCUACUGGACAAGGAGAACCAAGCAGCUGCACAGCCCCCCGAGAAUGAACUUCAGAAGGGCGGUGCGGGAGAGCGGGUCAUGUCGGAGCACCAGUUGCGGGUGCAGCGCUCUCUCCAGAAGCUCAAUGUUCCGGAUUGGUACAAGAACUCUAACGUUGCCCGCGGUCCGGAGGGCUUCCUACUCAAGCGGAACAGCGACGCGGGGCACGGAUGGCCCGGUCUCGGCUCGAAGACCACGUCUCUCUCCAGCCUCGGCUCCACGCAGUCCGCAGCUGCCAGAAGCCCAACAAGAUACCUGGAUAUUUUGUUUGCGUUGCAGCCCCCCGAGAAUGAACUUCAGAAGGGCGGUGCGGGAGAGCGGGUCAUGUCGGAGCACCAGUUGCGGGUGCAGCGCUCUCUCCAGAAGCUCAAUGUUCCGGAUUGGUACAAGAACUCUAACGUUGCCCGCGGUCCGGAGGGCUUCCUACUCAAGCGGAACAGCGACGCGGGGCACGGAUGGCCCGGUCUCGGCUCGAAGACCACGUCUCUCUCCAGCCUCGGCUCCACGCAGUCCGCAGCUGCCAGAAGCCCAACAAGCCACCUGUUGAGCCCCAGCCCCACGCCUCACGUGUUUACUCGGUGGAGCACAAGUCGUCUCAAUAGUGGUGGCACCUCUGCCAGCACCUCGCCUUGUGGGUCCACGCGCUCUUCAUUCAAUUAUCGGCAGCCGUACCUGGGAUGGAGGUCUCAAGAACGGCUCGCGAGACCUCGCACUCCAGCGGAGCGGCUUGCUGUAGGACUACUGCCCGCACAACAGCAACAGCAUCAGAUCGCUAGCCCACAAAACAUCAUCACCCCCCAGCAGGAGCUUCAGCAGAUACUGCAGCAAGAAGUGGAACUCGAGCAGCUUCAGCGAGAGGAUGAGGAACAGGUAUUAAAAAAAUUUGUUUGGUGGAAUGUCACUAUCAGCUGUGAUAUGGACGUGUUUUUAGUUACACUUCAGGCAGCACGGUUUGGAAGAAAAUCAUCCAAAAAGAAUAUUCAUGUGGAAUAUAUUUGCCACCUGUUGAGCCCCAGCCCCACGCCUCACGUGUUUACUCGGUGGAGCACAAGUCGUCUCAAUAGUGGUGGCACCUCUGCCAGCACCUCGCCUUGUGGGUCCACGCGCUCUUCAUUCAAUUAUCGGCAGCCGUACCUGGGAUGGAGGUCUCAAGAACGGCUCGCGAGACCUCGCACUCCAGCGGAGCGGCUUGCUGUAGGACUACUGCCCGCACAACAGCAACAGCAUCAGAUCGCUAGCCCACAAAACAUCAUCACCCCCCAGCAGGAGCUUCAGCAGAUACUGCAGCAAGAAGUGGAACUCGAGCAGCUUCAGCGAGAGGAUGAGGAACAGUGUAGCAGCUACUCUGUGACAAUGGAGGAAAGUACCAUCUGUGACUUGCCUUCACAGGUAAGAUGUAUUCUCAUAGCCAUGGGAAAAUUGUACUCUGUACUGUUUUCAAUCGCUUUCUUUUUUAAGUUCCAUUAUCUUCAUGUGAUAUUUUAUAUCACUGAAUCAGCUGCAGGAGUUAAUGUGUACUUGUAUGUGUAUGCGUAUAAUUGGAAAUAUCGUUGGAUGCAGCAAGUACCAAACCUGUCUGAAGUCCGGACGUCAAUCAAGGAGGUGACAUCUGCCAUUGUCCACUAUGUUUCUGGGGUGCGAGAUGGUUCUGGUGAAGCACUUGCAGGUGAUUCCCAAUGGGACUCACUGUCACCUCCUCGUGGUGCAGACUGGGACAUUGCCUCUACACCUAGAGGCUCUCCUCGAGGUAGCAGUGGUCGCCUGUGUUGGCUGGAAAGUUCCUUUGUAGGCACCAGGCCUCUGGAUUCACCAGAAACACCACUCACACUUACUAGUGCUGAUGUAAACAAAACACUUGAAACACUACAGCAGCAGCAGCAACAACAACAACACCAACAACAACAACAACAACAAGAUGGUGGAAUAAAUGUCAUAAGGAAGUUGAGUGGAACAACAGGAACGGGGCCACCUGAUCUCUACCUGGACCUUAGUAGCAGCCAGAGGGUCCAAAAUUUUAACACACACCAUCACCACCAAGUAAAUGGACCUGAUGAUGACCACGAGAUGCAGGCAGAGCUGAGGAACAAGCCCAGUCCUGGUUCCACAACUCUUGAAGAUGUGCUGGACUCACUUCUGGGACUUCCCCCUACAUCUCGUUCCCCCAGUCCAGGUGCUGGUUCUGCUAGCCCAGGUCACUGCCGCCCCUUGCAGUCAUUGCGGUUACAUCAGCACCACAACCAGCGUCGCAGUUGUGGGGACCUGCACUCAGACCUGGCAGGGUCAGCUAGUGGCGGGCUGCCGGCUGCUCCGGACCCACCCCCCUACUAUGUAUCCGACACUCUUCGCCGGAGGAGCGAGGGCAGUGGGAGGCGAGUGUCCUUCGACAUGACCACUUCCUGUGGUGGUGGCCAGCAUCAACAGCCCAUUGAGUCAGUUGUGCGCUGCCGCUACUCCAAGUGUGGCCGCACAGCCAGCAUCGCUGAAGCGCGGAUGACAUUCAAGACAUGCCACAAUUGUUCGCAUGUGUACUGUUCCCGGGAGUGCCGUCGGUCGCACUGGGAGCGUCACCGCAAGACGUGCCUCCACUCCCGUGUUGGUGCACUAUGCCACCAAGUGCUAACAACAGUUCGUGAGGACCCUGUCACUUUGCGCCAUCUGUCUGUACUUGCCAGACGUGGCUAUCUUGCCCAAGGGCGUGGUGCUGUCAAGAGUUUCUUCUCCAGCCCUGAGCUAGCUGAACGUUUUGUUGCUAAUGGAUUUGUUGAUCUUGGGGAACCUGCCUUUGUGGGUUGGGCAGACCUAUUGCCUGGUGAGAUGGGUGCUGAUCUGUACUCAGAGCUUUUGCGGCUCUGCAAAUCUUACAACCCAGACACACGAUUUGUGCUUUAUGUGGCAGUGUGUGUGGUCAGUGAAGUGCCAACAUCAGGUGCUGUCAAGUGGGAACGACAGCUUGUGUCCAGAUGCACCAAACUGCGUCUCUGCCGGUCCCUGACGUCCACAGCACCACCUCAAGCUACUAGUGGCCCUCAGAGCUAUGCCUCACCUUGCAACAUUACCAGGGACUCAGAAAACCCAGAGACAUUGAUCCUAACUUCCCUACCUGGUUGUCAAGGUCAGAUGGCACCACAGCGAGCGCGUGAGAUUAGCUUCAUAAACAUCCAGAGACAUCUGCGUCAGAGAGGUGUGAGUUUGCGGCGGCAUUUUCCUGAUGUAUACAAGCGGCUGUGUGCCUAUGUGGAUGGGUCAACUGAGCGCUUCACACCUGUCACAGUGUACCCACGGGAUGUCCUGACUGGGAAGAGUUUCAUGUGUGUCAUCAUGCCAGAUGCAGAGCCAGAGAAACUGGAACUCGUGCCUCGUGAUAGCAGUCGUGUUCAGACAAUUGACAUCAGCCUGGAACAUGAGGCCACAUAGCAAUAAGAUACUGUUCCUGCUACUCUGCUCUCUUUCAAAUCAGUCAAAAUUCAUAUUAUAUCACAAAUAUGCCAUUGUAACUUAUAAGAGAGCAUCCUGUUGCAUUUUUUUAUAAUUACAAUGUAUUUUCAUCAGUCAAUACACAACUCAAAAAUCAUCAUAUUCUUGGACUGCUUAUUCUUGUAAUUGUUUAAUAAUUCAAUGCUUAUAUUGUAGCCAUGAUGAUAUAAUUCGACAGUUUUGACCUUAUUUGAUCCGAUCAUCUUCAGGUUAAUAGCUCAAUUCUAAAAGUUUGUGACGAUGGUGCAUUGUUGAAGUAAAGAGUUUUCUGGAUAUUUUCCAUCGUCUAAUAAAUAAAAUCCACUACAUUUC